AUGAAGCUCACUGCUGCUCAGAAACAAAAGCGUUAUCGAGAAAAUCUGAAGAGAAAAGGUCGUCAUAAUGCUAUGAAAGCAAAAAAUCGUGAAAGGAUGAGGAAUAUGCGCAGUGAAUUAUCCGAUUUCCAGCGUGAACAGUAUCGUAAACGUGAUGCAACGGCUCGUAAAGCUGCUCGUGCUGCUAAUGAUCGGGCGUCAAAUGCAUCAUUCAGCUCAAAGGAGACUCUUGGUAAAGCGGUUAAAAAAGUGACCAAAUGUCUUCCACAAGAUCCAUCAAAGAAAAGGAUAGUCAUACAAACAAUCGCUCAAUCUCUUGGAUUAAUGAGUCAGUCUCAUCAUAAACGUUCCACUCGUCAAUUAUCACUUAAAAUGAAGGAUGAUAUUAUCAAAUUUUAUUGUCGAGAUGACAUAUCGUAUCAGAUGCCUGGAAAGCGAGAUACAAUCGUUGUCAGGGAAAAUGGAAUAAAAUCUACUCAUCAGAAGCGAAUUUUGUUAUACAACAUUCGUGAAGCACAUCAACUGUUUCUGUCGGCAUAUUCUGCCUCUACUUCAGGUUCAGUUGUUUCUAAAACAAGUUUCGCAGAACUACGCCCAGGAUAUGUAUUAAUCAAAGCACUAAUGAGUCAUCGUGUGUGUGUUUGUUCAUAUCACGAGAAUGUGAACCUAUUACUUGAAGCUUUAUCAAAACAUGUCAAAGGUGGAAUGUGCUCAGAUUUACAGACGUUUACAAGUGCUCUAGUGUGUGAUGAAUCGAAUGAAGAAUGUAUGUCAUCAAACUGCAAGACAUGCGAUAAAUACUUCGAUACAAAAAUUCAAGGAAACAUCGUCGAUCUCACAAUAAAGAUUAAAUGGCUUCAAUGGAAGAACAGUAAUGGUCGUGCCGAGAAACAAGAAUCAGAAGGAACUGUUAAAGAGUGUGUUCAACAUUUGUCUGGUCUUGUUGAACAAUAUCUUUUACAUGUGUUCAUUAAACGUGCUCAAAGUACCCUCUUUGAACGAAUCAAAGAAGAUACGGAUGAUCGGAAAGUCUUUUUACAAGUCGAUUAUUCUGAAAAUUUCGCUAUGGAUCAACAGGACGCUAUUCAGGCUGCACAUUGGAACACAAAAACGUUAUCAAUUUUUACUGCACAUGCAUGGUGUGGUGCAGUCAAUUAUUCAUUUGCGUUAGUAUCUGACAAUCUAACUCAUGAUAAGUAUUGUGUUGACGUAUGCUUGAAUAAUAUCAUUAGUAAACUCAAUCAAUAUUUACCGAAUUUGGAGGAGAUUGUGUUUUUCAGCGACGGAGCUGCUUCGCAAUUCAAGCAAAGAUAUUUGUUUCAAAAUAUGUCUAGAUUAAUGGCUGAAUACAGCUUAAAAUUAUCGUGGAAUUUCUUUGCCACAUCCCAUGGUAAAGGAGUAGUAGAUGCUAUUGGUGGUAUGGUCAAACGAAUGGUGUGGCAAGAAAUCAUGGUUAAAAAACAAUGUCGAUCAGCUACCGAUUUUCUUUCUAUCGCCAGAACGAAAACAAACACAAUUAUUCUAGACGAAAUCUAUCAAACGGAUAUAGAUGCAUCAAAAUUGAACUUCAGCAUGUAUUCGCAACAACGAAGUCCGUGA